CCCUCGUCCUCGGUGUCCUCCUCCUCCCUCGCCGCCGUCGUCCUCUCCCGCUGCUGCUGCCGCCACCACCAUGCCGGCCGGGGCCCUUCUGCCGUUAGGCAGGAUGUGAGGAAGUGUUGCCGCCGCCGUCGCCACGAGAGCUCAUUUGAUUAGUGAAAUGGAAGACAAAUGGCUUCAAGAGAUCUCUAUAAAAUGUCGCCAAGGUUUCAGUUUGGCAUCACCUUGUCUCCAGUACCACCAGAAGCUCUGUUCCUUGAUCAAUGUGACUGUUUGGAAUGCUUCAGCAACUGACGAAAUGACCCAGAGUAGUGGAAAAUAUGAUUUCUACAUUGGUCUGGCAUUGGCAAUGAGCUCCAGCCUUUUCAUUGGUGGGAGUUUCAUCCUGAAGAAGAAAGGCCUCCUUCGGUUGGCCAGGAAUGGCUCUAUGAGAGCAGGUCAAGGUGGCCAUGCAUACCUUAAGGAGUGGCUAUGGUGGGCUGGACUUCUGUCAAUGGGAGCUGGUGAAGUUGCUAACUUUGCUGCCUAUGCAUUUGCACCAGCUACCUUGGUGACUCCUUUAGGAGCUCUCAGUGUUCUUGUAAGUGCCAUUCUCUCAUCAUACUUUUUAAAUGAAAAACUUAAUCUACAUGGGAAAGUUGGGUGUCUGCUAAGUAUACUGGGCUCAACUGUGAUGGUCAUUCAUGCUCCCCAAGAAGAGGAGAUAGAAACCUUGAAUGAAAUAUCCCGCAAGCUAGGUGAUCCAGGUUUUGUGGUCUUUGCAACGCUGGUGGUUAUUGUGUCCUUGAUACUGAUAUUUGUGGUGGGACCACGGCACGGCCAAACCAACAUUCUCGUAUACAUAACAAUCUGCUCAGUCAUUGGAGCGCUGUCUGUUUCCUGUGUAAAAGGCUUGGGCAUUGCUAUAAAGGAACUCUUUGCUGGAAAACCUGUGCUAAAACACCCCUUGGCCUGGAUUCUGCUGCUAAGCCUUAUUGUCUGCGUUAGUACACAGAUCAACUAUUUGAAUCGGGCCCUGGAUAUAUUCAACACUUCAAUAGUGACACCAGUAUAUUAUGUAUUCUUCACAACAUCUGUUUUAACUUGUUCUGCUAUCCUUUUCAAGGAGUGGCAACACAUGGCAGCUGAUGACGUUAUUGGCACACUUAGUGGCUUUCUCACUAUAAUAGUGGGGAUCUUUUUGUUGCAUGCCUUUAAGGAUGUCAACUUCACCCUAGCAAAUUUGCCAGUCUCUUUUCACAAAGAUGACCGAGGAAUGAAUGGCUCUCUGACAAAUGCAUAUGCCCACUUUAAUGAUGAAGAAAGUGUAACCCGUGUAAGUGAUCUGCAGUCCACUGAGGGCAUGUCCUCUAGGAGAAAUGGAAACCUGACUGCACCUUAAAAAUACAUUAAGAGCAAUUCUGUAACUGUGUUUUGUUGUGAAAUUUCCAUUUUAAGCACUUGUCAGAAAAAGCAGGUGUAAUUAAACAGUUUGUAGACAAUCAUUCAUUUUUAGUUUUACUAGCUUGGAUCAAGAAGAGUGGUGGAUUUUUUUGCCUUAUUUCCCCCCCCCCCAUUUAUAAAAAAAUUACUAAGGGACCUCAAAACAUGUUUUGCUUGCAUAUGAACAUGUAAAUAUUACGUUUUGGUUUAAGACAUAUUGCACUAAUGACUAUUUUAAUGAAUAAAAUGCUUUAUUUCUGAA